CAACCCCCGCCACAAACCCCCGCCUGAGCUUCGUCACAGCCAGUCAGCAGUGGCUAGAAAAGCUAUCCCCUCCCCCGGACAACACUUCUUCUGUUCACUUCUGUUCGCAGUAUCGGUAAAGGUCAUCAUGGGCUCUAUUGGAGAAGUUCAACGACGCCCGUACCGGCCAACUCCCGCGGACAUCACCAUCAACAACCACCGCCCCGAAGACCCACAGAAGAUCCUCUUCCAAAAUGUUCGCAUUCUGGACUCGACCGGGGCAGACCCCUAUUCCGGUGACGUGCUGAUCGAAGGGGAGCGCAUUGUCUCGGUGGGUCAAGUCGAUCCCGCCGCCACCCAGGAGGCACUGGUCAUUGAUGGCGGUGGCACCAAAACACUCAUGUCCGGACUAGCGGACUCGCAUACACACCUCAGCUGGAACAAUGCGGCCACGUUGGAUGAACUCACCAGUCUUCCGCUCGAGGAGCAUGUCCUGCAUACCGCCAAUUCCGCCCGAUCUUACCUGAAUUGUGGCUACACCAUGUGUUUCGGAGCCGCGGCUGCACAACCCCGCCUCGAUAUCGCCAUCAAGGCUGCCAUCAAGUCGGGGCUGAUACCUGGUCCCCGCACUCUCGCCAACUGUCCGGAGGUGACCAAGCCGGACGGGGCGAUUAUUCCCAAGAUCUCGCGUUAUGCGAGUGGGCCGGAGGAGAUGCGCCAGGUAGUGCGAGAAUUCGUCGCCUUAGGUACAGACAAUAUCAAAUUGAGCAUGACGGGGGACAACGUACAUCCCACGAUGCCCAGUGAGGAGACAUACUUUGAUCUGGAGGAGACGGUGGCGGCAGUGGAGGAAGCGCACCUCCAUGGUAAACGCGUAUGCGCCCAUGCCCGCAGCGCUGCCUCGGUCAAGCAGUGUGUGCAAGCGGGCGUGGAUGUGAUUUAUCAUGCUAGCUUCGCGGAUACGGAGGGACUAGAUCUGCUGGAGCAACAUAAGGAUUCAGUCUGGGUCGCGCCGGCCAUCAAUUUGUUCUAUGCUAUGGCGCAGGGCGAUGCCGAACCCUAUGGAGUGUCGGCAAAAAUGUCCGAGCAAAAGGGCGUCACGCACGAGGUUGAGGUCGCUUGUCAGACCAUGCGUGAGAUGCGCCGUCGGGGCAUUCGCGUCCUCCCGGGCGGUGAUUAUGGAUUUGCCUGGGCUCCGCAUGGGACUUACGCGCGCGACCUGCAGCACUUUGUGGAUUUGUUUGGAUAUACGCCGAUGGAGAGCAUUCUCGCUGCGACCGCGAUGGCAGGCGAGCUUAUGGGCCACCCUGAUGAGCUUGGCAAAGUGCAACCGGGCUACUAUGCCGAUGUAAUCUUGGUGGAUGGCAAUCCUCUGGAAGACAUCCGCAUUUUGCAAAACCAGGACCAUCUGCAUGCGGUAAUUAUCAAUGGUCAUAUCCACAAGCACGUCAAUGGGAAGAACGAGAGGGUGGCGGCGUGAGUGCCAAAGGGGAGUAUCGUGUUGUAUCAAGACUGUUGUUAGUGGCACAGUGUAUGGUCGGCCACCUUUCAGGUGUUUGAUUCGUUUAGAGUAAAUCCAUUCGAACUCCAGUUUCAUCGAGGACCUUGAACCAUGUUGAACUAGCCAAGCAAGUCUCGAACUAUUUCUCCACCAAUCAACGUGAAG